AACUGAGCUGGUCCUGCUGUUCUUAUCGCCAUCACAAAAUUAACAAUUAUAAAAUCCGGAGGAGGAGGAGGAGGAGGAGGAGGAUUUGAAGCAGAGAUCGGGAGAGAGUUGAAACCUCGUUCGCGAUAGAUCUCGCUUGGAUUCCUAGCUCUUGCCCCGGAUCGAGGUAUAUUCUGCAAUCUAAUGCUGGAUUCGGGUGGAGCCGCUGCGGCGGCGCCGGCGGAGUUCCCAGCUGGCCUCCGGGUGCUCCUCGUCGACGACGACCCCACCUGCCUCAUGAUCCUCGACCGGAUGCUCCGCAAGUGCCUCUACCACGUGACGACUUGCUCCCGGGCGGCGGCGGCGCUUAAAAUUCUACGCGAGAGGAAGGGGUGCUUCGAUUUGGUACUCUCCGAUGUUUACAUGCCCGACAUGGACGGGUUCAAGUUGCUGGAGCACAUCGGGCUGGAGAUGGAUCUCCCUGUCAUCAUGAUGUCUUCGGAUGACCAUAAAGAUGUUGUCAUGAAAGGUGUCACCCAUGGUGCAUGUGACUAUAUCAUAAAGCCGGUUAGGAUGGAGUCGUUGAAGAAUAUAUGGCAGCAUGUGGUGAGGAAAAAGAGAAAUGGAUCGAAGGAGUUGGAAAACUCGGGGAGCCUCGAGGAUAAUGAUAGGCAGAGAGGGGGUGUGGAUGAGGGAGACAAUGCUUCCUCUGCGUGCGCAGGGAGUUGGAAGAGUGUGAAGAGGAAAAAGGAAGAAGUGAAGGAUGAUGAUGAGGAUGACGACGAGGAGGAGGCGUUGGAAGAGCAUGAAGACCCUUCGCAUUCCAAGAAACCCAGGGUUGUGUGGUCUGUUGAUCUCCACCAAAAAUUUGUGAAUGCUGUCAAUCAAUUGGGCGUCGACAAAGCUGUGCCGAAGAAAAUCCUUGAGUUGAUGAGUGUGGUCGGACUUACUAGGGAAAAUGUUGCAAGUCACUUGCAGAAAUAUCGCCUGUAUUUGAGGAGAGUGAGUAUGCCGCAACAUCAGGGAAGACUGGAUUCACAUUUUGCAAGCGGCCACGAUGCGUCGUAUGAUCCAGUGAGUUUGAUUGACGGAUUCGAUGUUCCAGGGCUCGCUGUUGUUUCUCAGAUUCCACCACAAGGACGAGCAGCAAUACAUCCAGGACCGAGAAGUAACAUGAAUGUCGGCAUCAGUGCAUCAUCUGUCAAUCAAUUCGGUCUCAUUGCCUCUGGUAUACAAAUUGCAAAUGCAUCCAACAUGGUUUCCUCAUCGGCGCAGCAAAUGAACAACAAACGGAUGAGCAAUCCCCAAACACCUUCUAACAACAUUCAAUUAAGUCAAUUUGGGCAGACACCCUCAGCUGUUCAACCAUAUGGAAGCAUGAAUCUACAGUUUGGCAAAGGAAUGCCAAACUUUCUUACAUCUUCAUCACAACCAUCGAGCUUCUCAUUACCCGGCGGCACAAUGAGCGGACAAAUGAAUGUGUCUUUAACCAUGCAUCAGGCUCAGCAUUUGCAUCAAUUUUCUCUCUCUCAGCAAAGGAGCAAUAUCAAUAUCCCACAUUCGAGCGGACAAGUAUUGAACAACAAUGCAAGUCAUAGUUCUAGACUCUCGUCUGCCUUGACACUGCAAACCUCUUCAAAUGAGAGUUCAAAUCAUAUUUUAGGACAGCUCCGUGUUAGUACGAGCAUCACGUCCUUGCCUGCCAACUACAUUAAGUCGCCAUUUAGUGCAUCUCGUCGCGACCUUUAUGUCGAUGGACAGAGCAGCUUUGUGAAUGGAUUAUCUGGAAGUUCCUAUCCUUCUGCAAGUGGUGUUGGAGUUUCACAACAGACGGCAAGUUUCCAAUCGUUCAGUAGCAAUCACGACCUGAAAGGAAAAUUUGACAAUGUGACUGCUUUCAACACCAUCAGUGAACAUCAAAACAAGGGCCAUGAGUGGAAGCUGCAAAGAGUUAAUCUUCCAUACCAAACAGGCCAUAUCUUUGGCCUCGAGCAAAGCAAUCUACUGUCUCAUUCUUCGCUAAUGAGCCAUCACAAUUCAGCUGCUACUGCGACUAAUAGGGAUAACAACACCGGUGCUACAGUUAAAGACAAAAUAACAUCUCUAACAAAUGAUAUCAAUGUCGAGAAAAGAACAAGUGUUGCGCAGCACAGAAACGUAUAUAUUGAUGAUAACUCAGUCAGAUUAAAUUAUGGAGUCAGUCCAGACAUGAGUUACCAAGAUGUGUAUCUCGAUGAUAUGCAAAAUGAACUCAUGAGUGUCGUUGCAAAACAGGAUCCAUCCUGAUCAUGAAAGGAGUAUACUUUACGAGACACAAAUCCUCUUUUUUCUAGAGCAAUCGGCGACAUGGAACUGGAAAUGAUGUUCUUAAGCUUAACUUCUCAGUGGAGUCGAUGGAGUUCCAAUUCCACCAACAAAUACGAAACUCUCAAAGCGGAUUCAAAUUGUUACACAAAGCCAAUAAGUUCUGGUUUCAAAAAAAAAAAAAAAAAAAAAGAAGAAAGAUUUCAGGAUCAUCUAUUCUGCAAAUCUAUCCACAGAGUGGUCUCAUUUGUACAGAUAUGAACUUAAUUUGCAUAGUUUCGAUUUUGUAUCAUUUUUAGCAUAUUCUAACAAGCUACUUUCUCAUUUAUGGAGCUUGGCUUUAUGAUUCUCCAAAGUCUCUUGCCUUGAAGGAAGAAACUUCUUCUUUUUUAGUUCCAAUACUUGUGUACAGAUCUCGUUUCAUGGUCAAGAAUAUAGUUGUGAUUGUGUUUUGAUA